AUGGCAGCACAAAGAAAGAAAUGGCCCUCAGUCCCCAGCAGCUCUGGAUUGCCCAGCUACGGGAGCGGCUGUGGUAAGGAAGGAGCAGAGGGUGCUAAGAAUCUCUGGGCUAGGACAGGCUCCUUAAAGGGUGUGACCCUCUGUACAUAUAAUGUACGUUCCCUUUUAGGAGAGGAUAGGCUAUAUGAUCUGGAAAAAGAACUAGGCAACAUCACAUGGGACAUAGUCGGAUUGUGUGAGGUUAGACGCCGUGGGGAACAUCUACAACAACUAAAAAGUGGACAUUUGCUGUACACAAGGGGAAAGGAGGAAAGUAGCAUAGGAGGGGUGGGUUUCCUUAUUCACAAGACCAUAGCAUCCAAUGUCAUUAGCUACAAGAGCACUUCAGACAGAGUAUCCCAGAUUAUCCUAAAAAUCUCCAAGAAACAAACCAUGAAAAUCAUCCAAGUAUACCUUCCAACUUCUAGCCAUGCAGACGAAGAGGUUGAUAUGGUCUAUGAGGAAAUUGCUAAACUACUUGAUGAAGACAAAGCAAAUUUUACUAUAGUUAUGGGAGAUUUCAAUGCUAAAGUUGGUAAAAGGGAAGAUAAUAGUGAGAUGAUGCUAGGUAAAUUUGGAAUAGGCACUAGAAAUGAUAGGGGAGAUCGUCUACUGGAAUUUGCUUCAAGCAGAGGUCUUAAGGUAAUGAACUCUUUCUUCAAGAAAAAGGAACAUCGAAAAUGGACUUGGCAAAGCCCAAAUGGCACUACCAGGAACGAAAUCGAUUUUAUUCUAACAAACAGACCGGACAUCAUCACAGACGUUUCCAUGCUAAAUCGUUUCAAUACUUGA